AAUUAGAUUUCACAUUAAACCAUACAGCUAGCAUGUGAUAUUUGCAAUGGUAGCUGUAAUCAUCAACAAAUAAUGAUGACAUUGACGAUUUAUGACAUCAUCGUUCACAUGCUAAAUCUAUUUAAGCAAUGAUGAUCAUCAAGGAUUUUUGUCACAAUUUUUUUUUGUCAUUUAUAUCCACGACAACCAUAACGAUGACUACUAUUGCAUUCGAUUAUUACAUGAAUACCGUACGACAUAACGAUAUUUUCUAUUGCUGAACCAUAGUUUGGAUUUCCUGUUCAUUUUUGUUUUCUCAACGAUUUUCGAAUUUUUCCCUCUUUCAUCACUUAUCUUGAUCAUUCGCGAGGAUUCGAAAAAUUUAUUUAAAUGAAAUUUUUUCUUUUAUUUCACAUAUAUAUUCCAUUUAAUAUAUUGUAAUUUAAAUCCAAAAAACAAACAAACAAAAAAAAUAAUAUCCAAACAAAAAAGUUUACUUUUGAUAUUCAAUGUGAAAUUUAUUAGCUGAUGUUAUUGCUGUUAUCAUUGACGCAUUUGCUUUUUUCUCACGAGAACUAAUCGAUAUUUUUUUAUGAUCACUAUGGAAUCAUCGAAAAAGCAAUUACAAUCAUCUUUGAAACAGAAGACUUAUGAUUUUUUUCCCAGAAUCUCGCAAAGGAUCGAUAAUAAUGAUCAUUGGAAUGGCGAAAAAGAACGACAACAACAAACAAAUUGCAAUCAACGACAUGUCCGUAAAUCUUCGUUAAAUAUACCUAAAAGUUUAGCGGAAUUACGUGACACUGUACGAGCAGAGAAUAUUGCCUUGAAAUCUGAUCAUGAUCACAAAACUUCUAAACGAUCCGUAGGUGGUUGGGCAUUGAGGCCUGAUCAGCUAAAAUAUUUAAAAGAUCAUGUGUACGAAUACAAUGCUUCUGCUGGUAGCAUUCUAGAAGUAUGGAUAAUGCAACGAUUCUGGACCUAUUUGGCUACAUUCAUACCGAAAUUCGUUGCACCAUGUACCAUAACUGCCAUUGGUUUUUUCAUCAACUUAAUUACAUGUUCAUUGAUCAUUGCUUAUUCACCGGAUGCUCGGUCAGAAGUUCCUACGUGGACAUUAUUUCUUUGCGCUAUAGGCGUAUGGCUUUAUCAAAUAGCAGACGCAUUGGAUGGUAAACAAUGUUAUAAGGUACAGAAUAGUCAAUUGGAAGAGUUUUAUGAUCAUGGCUGUGAUUCUGUAUCGACUAUUUUGUUAAUGUAUGCUACUGGAAUAGCCAUACAAGCUGGUCAAUCGCCAACACUUUUCCUUUUGGUCUUAUUUAUUUCAUUGUUUGCUUUUUAUACAACACAUUGGCUAAGCUAUGUCACAAAUCAGAUGGUUUUUGGAAAGAUCGACGUUACCGAAGCUCAAUGGACUAUGAUCUUAACACACCUGGUAACGGCCGUAUAUGGCCAAUCUAUCUGGAACUAUCAGAUACACGUUGGAACUAUUGUCUCAAUUGAAUUACGUACAUUAUUAUCGUUCGCAACGUUGAUCACCUUGUUCAAUUCAAUAAUAUACCAGACAUCAAUAAUUUUAUUAGGACGACAGACACCAUUGGAAAAAGCUGGUGUCAAAAUCGAAAGAAAUAAAAAUUUCAAUCCCUACAAACCAUUAUUAGCGCCAUUGUUUUUAUCGGUUUUGAUCUAUUAUUGUUACACUAAUGGAUAUUAUCACAUGAAUCCAGCAAUGUUCAUAUUAUUUUGUGGCCUAAGCUUUGCCAAAAUGACCAUGAAGCUAGUGAUUGCCCAUUGCACCAAUCAUGAAAUUGAAUUAUUGGAUCUUACAUUAGUGGCACCGAUUUUGUUGGCACUAAAUCAUUUCUUUUUUGUUUCUAAUAACAACAGCAACCAUUAUGAUCAUUAUCGUUUUGUAUUGGUCUCGCCUGAUCAAGCAUUACUAUGUGCAUUCAUUUGGAACACAAUCGAAUUGAUCAGAUAUUUUACCUUUGUUUCAUGGGAUAUUUGUAUCGCAUUAGAUGUGAAUAUAUUUUCAAUUAAAUAUCCACCUGGCCAUCCAAAAAGUCGUCUACAAACAGGUGGAUUCUAUGUAAACGGAUUGAACAAUGAUGAACUACUCAAAAAUAUCAAAUAAUUUUUAAAUUCAUAUCUCUUUUUUUGCUCAACGAA